GCCACUCACUCUCAUCCCUGUUCCAAGACUGUCUCCUGAAACAGCCCCUCAGGGUCCAGAAUGCGUGAAGACUGAUAUACGUGGAUUUCAAAUCAAACACCAGAAUACGUUGGGACGACUACUUAUAUUCUCCCUCGGUGAUGCUGUGUGUCUGUCGGGAUGGCUGCUGGCCAGAUGUUUGUGAAACUAAACCAGGAGAAGAUCAUUCCUAAGUCAGAUGUCCUCAGUCUCCUGAGGACCUACAACUGUUACCAUGAGGGUAAAAGCUUCCAGCUGAGAGCCAGAGAGGAAGAUGGGGAGCUGAUUCUGGAGGGUUUGCUGAACAUCUACUGGGGUCUUCGGAGACCCAUCCGCCUUCAGAUGCACGAUGACAAUGAACGAUUCUGCUACGGCAGCCCAGGAGUCAACAGGAAUGAGAGAUCCCUACUGUCAAUGCAGCCAACUUCAGAAUCCAACAACAACAUACUGGGCCGAAGUAAUGGGCCAGCCCUAACCAUGGGGGGUAGCGUGGCUGUGGAGGAGAAGCGAGAGGAAGAGAAGGAGGAGGAGGUGCCCCAGCUGCUCCGGACCAGGAGCGACGCCUCCUUCGUGGGAGUGCUGAGGAGGAGGUGCAAGAGCCACAGCGCCAAGGACAUGCAGCGCCUCCGCACACACAGAUACUCCAUCAACGGACACUUCUACAACCACAAGACAUCUGUGUUUACACCAGCUUUUGGGUCGGUUACAAACGUACGGGUCAAUAGCACCAUGACAACUGUCCAGGUCCUCAACCUGCUGCUACACAAGUUCAGGGUGGAAAAUCAAGCUGACGAGUUUGUUCUCUACAUGGUGCACGAGACUGGAGAGCGCAGCCAGCUGAGGGAGAGUGGGUACCCUCUGGUGUCCCGUGUUCUAUACGGCCCCUGCGAGAAGAUAUCCAAGAUCUUCAUUAUGGAGUCAGACCUGGGGGAGGAGGUCACAUACGACGUUGCCCAGUACAUCAAGUUUGAGAUGCCUGUUUUGGACAGUUUUGUUGUGAAACUAAAAGAGGAGGAGGAGAGGGAGAUCUCCAGACUAACCAGGAAGUAUAGUGCUCUGAAGUCCAUGAUAUUACAGCAGCUGGAAGGUGUCCCGGGCACAGCUGACCUGGUCUGAGGGUGUGUGUGUGUUUGUGUGUACAUACUUUUGUGCCAGUAUGUAUGCAAGCGUAUAUGUGUGUGGUAAGAGUGUGUGGAAAAUAACUAUGCUGAUGGUUAUACUACUGAAACAUUUGCACACUAUUUGUCAGCAGUUUUUAAAGUAUUUUACUGUAGCGAAUGUUAUAAACUUGUUGGCCUUUAUAGUUACACUUACAGUAAAACCAUAGUCUGCACCUAUGAACUUUGAAAAGGUUAUAAACUUGUCUUGUGCAUUUAUUUUACCUGUUUUUAUAUUUUUACUCUAAUAGUAGUGUUGUUACAGUAUGUACAAAUAAAAUAUUCUCAAGUAGCAAUAUUUGUAAUACUACAACAUGGAAUACAUGGUUUUAUACAAUAAAUCCCUUGUCCUUGU